CACGCCCAUUACACUCCGUACGCCUGCGUAGCGGUGCUGAGCCGUCAGUCCGGCUGUCUUGUCACCCGGAGAGCGGCAUGACCCGUGGGGAUAACGGCGCCAUGGAGCUGGGAGAAGGCAGGCUGUCUGUAGGGACCAGCUCAACAGUAUUUCACCUUUCCUGAAAGGAAAACCCCAGCAGAAUGAGUGACAACCAUGGGAGCCCAUACUCAUUAUUCGUGAAUCAAGAUUCAGUAGACUGGGAUAUUAGCUUGAAACCAAUUCAGUCUGACAAGUUUAUAUCUCUUCUCCUGAGCAUGGUUCCUUUAGUGUUUCACAAAGGCCAGGAAGACAGAGUGAAGAAAAUCAAUGGCUUGUCACCAGCAGGACAUGAUUUUAACCUCCGAGCUGACCAGCAUCUCGAGUACCAUCACUUCUCUGAGCCAAGCUAUCUUGGAAAUGGCCCACACUGCUCCAAUAUUUGCAGUACAAGCUAUGACUACGACACUUAUGAUUACUGUGAUGGGAGAGAUGUCUCAGAAACGGAUGCAAUGCUGCAAGACACUCGGAAUCCUGGAGACAGGGACGCCGAUACCCUGCUUGAGGGGAGCAAAAAACUGCCAAAAGAAUCUAGCUUUACUAUGGCCCUCCAAAUACUUGUGCCAUUCCUCCUAGCGGGAUUUGGAACAGUGUCUGCAGGGAUGGUUCUAGACAUUGUACAGCACUGGGAGGUGUUCAAGAAUCUUACGGAAGUGUUCAUCUUGGUUCCUGCAUUGCUUGGCCUUAAAGGAAACCUAGAAAUGACAUUAGCAUCCAGACUCUCGACUGCAGUUAAUGUUGGGAAGAUGGAUUCACCUAUAGAGAAGUGGAACCUUAUUAUUGGGAAUCUGGCCUUAAAACAGGUACAGGCGACAGUAGUUGGGUUUUUGGCUGCUGUUGCAGCAGUUAUAUUGGGCUGGAUUCCAGAGGGCAAAUACCGCCUAGACCAUGCAGUACUUCUCUGCUCCAGCAGCGUGGCCACUGCCUUUAUAGCAUCCCUACUUCAAGGUAUCAUUAUGGUAGGAGUGAUUGUUGGAUCAAAGAAAACGGGAAUAAACCCAGACAAUGUAGCCACACCUAUUGCUGCCAGCUUUGGUGAUCUUAUAACGCUUGCCAUAUUGGCAUGGAUUAGCCAGGGUCUUUACAACUGCAUUGAUUCAUACUCAUUUAUCUCACCUUUGGUCGGUUCUUUUUUCUUGGCACUAACCCCAAUAUGGAUUGUAGUGGCAUCCAAACAUCCGGCUACAAAAACUGUUCUGCACUCUGGCUGGGAGCCAGUCAUUACUGCAAUGCUUAUUAGCAGCGUUGGUGGCCUUAUACUAGACACCACUGUAUCCGACCCGAAUUUGGCUGGGAUCGUUGUCUACACACCAGUAAUAAACGGUAUUGGAGGAAAUUUGGUAGCCAUACAGGCCAGCAGAAUUUCCACUUAUUUGCAUUUACACAGCAUUCCUGGAGAGCUACCCGAUGAAGCAACAGGCUGUUUUCACCCCUGCAGGACCUUUUAUGGAACAGGGGUGAAUAAGAAAUCGGCUCAAGUUCUUCUCUCCCUUGUUAUCCCUGGACACUUGAUUUUUUUAUACACCAUCUAUUUAAUGAAGAGUGGCCACACAUCCCUGACACCUAUCUUUAUAAUGGUUUAUUUAUUGGCAGCUCUUCUACAGGUAUUUUCUCUGCUGUGGAUCGCAGACUGGAUGGUGCAUCAUAUUUGGAGGAAAGGAAAGGAUCCGGACAGUUUUUCCAUUCCUUAUCUCACUGCUUUGGGAGAUCUUUUAGGAACUGCUUUACUUGCCAUCAGUUUCCAUAUCCUUUGGCUUAUCGGGGACAGAGAUGGUGAUGUUGGUGACUAGCAAAUGUAUCUUGGACUUUCAGACUCAUUGUGUGCCUAGAUAAUCAUUCCUGGAACAAAAGACUGGGAAGACCAUGAAAUAGCUUUUAAUUCCAUACAGAAACAACUAGACAAAACAGUCUAUAUUGUUUUAUUAUAGAUGGAAAUUCUUGAAUUUCUACAAAUUUCCAGUAAUCUGUAACUUUAAUAUUGAGAAUCAACCAGGGCCAGGGAGGUGGGAUUGUGUAUUUUGCCAGAUGCACUUUACCUUUUGACGCAUGCAUGUUCCAUGGCUUUAUUAUUCAUUUCCAGAGAGUUUUCGUGGCUCCAGGUAGGUUUUAUUGUGAUACUUAUUUUCUUUUUAAUAAUAAUGGUACGUAUGGUUUUUCUUGUUGCUAACUCUAAAUUUUUCAUUUUUAUGUAAUUUAUUAUAUUACUUCUAUAUUAUCCGCCAAUUAUCGUCAACUUUUGAAGAUGCCAGGUAUUGAUAGAGCGCUGGAGUUCUAAAGAAUAAAGGCUGACAUCAUUUCAUCAAUUGAGCGGUUGCAAGAUUUUAGUUAACUAGCAGUUCACCCACUUCUUUAAAACCCAGUAAAGAUAAUAUAUUUUAAAUUAAUGUGUAUUGUAUACAUAACUUUUUGCAAUGAACGGUUUUCGAUUUCUGUUGAAUAGUUCCUACAGAAGUGCCUCUUGGGCCAACGAGAAUUUUAUUUACAGGUUUGUUAUUGUGCCACUAUUUAGGUGUAAAAUUCAUUACUUGGGAGUCAUAUACAUGUUAGUCAGAUCGUUAUGUAGAAAAGCUUAUUAAUAAUUCAGUAUACCUGUCUCUUUCUAAGGUACUAGUAGUGGGUCUCUCUCAAAAAUAUUUAUGUCUCGGCAUCUGUUUUUUAUAUUUAGGGGAGAUUUAUCAUUUGGGGUGGUUUUGUUGUCAUUUGUGGUGCUAAAUUUAUUUGGUGCAAGUGCAAUGUAUGCCUGUGUUUGUAAAAGUACACCAGGGGGUUGCCUGGCACGGAGAUUCAACUUUUUUGUGACUUUUUAAAAGUCGCACAUUGUAAAUUAGACUUAAUGGCUAUGUACACCUUUUGGUGGCAUUUUUAUUUAUUUUUUUAUUAUUAUUAUUAUUGCAUUGUACUCCUUUUGAGCUAAAAAUCUUUUUUUCAUUUGGUCUUUAUUAAAAAUGAUGAGCCGUUUUCCCUGCACAGCUUUGAGUUUAUCUACUAGAAGUAUCUGUAUUUUCUCUCUGCUCUGUCAGGCAGGGGACUUCCUUAUCUCUGCUCUCGGACCCUAUAAACACUUAUUAAAACUCAAUCCUUAUCUCACUGAUAAGAAUGUGGCUUAAAUAAGGGUUUAUUACCUCUCAGUAGUUUUGAGAUAAGGUUUAUUAGAUGACCGGCACAAAGUGAAAGUACCAUUCACACAGAAGAACGGUUAACCUUUUGUGACAGAACGGUUUAAUAUUUUUAAUAAAGACCAAUUGAAAAAACGACCCUUAGCCCAAAAUGAGUAAAAUGCAAAAACAAAAAUGUCUCGGAAGGUGUACAUAGCCUUUAAAAGUGUUCGAAUCUGAAAGCCUGACCUACUUUUGACUAAACUUCUAAAAGUGGCGAGUAUCGCCAAAUAAUGCAAAAAUAAAAUAUGCACCAGAUUUGCACACGGGCAACUUUUUUACACCACAAAACUGGCGUAGCUGACUUGAUAAAUCACCAUCCCCCCCAUCCUAAACAGUCUAUAGUUUUGUUCUUAAUACGUACCGUUGUACAGUACCAUUAUUGGAGGGAGAAUAAGAAGCCAUAGAGAGUAUUUUAAGGUUAAAAAAAAAAACUUGAUAAACUGAGGACUUACUAUGACUGCCUUGCACCCCCUCCAUAGGAAAUAAGCCACUUUCAAAGUGGCGAUUACAUUUUUAAUAUGAACCAUAUUUUGCAUAUGGGACUUGCAUGGGUAAGAGAACAUUACAAAUAAAAGUGUAUAAGGGGAAAGCAUUGUGCAUUCUUUCUCCAUACUGUAUUGUUUACCUCCUUUAUGUUCUUUUUAACUGAUAUUAAUGCCAUUAUUUGAAAUGAGAAUGUGAUGUGUCAAAUGUUAUCAGUGCGCAACUUUGUCUUCAUCCUUUGCCAACCAGUCUGUUGACUGAACAUUUUAUCAAAAGGAUUAAAACUGCUUAAUAAUGUUCAGAAUACAAUUGUUAUUACUCAGUCGGGCAUUAAACACAUCAAUGCCCGAUUCUGCCAAUAAAGUCUGUGAGAUA